GACCGGGGAAGGCACGGCACCUCGGAGCCCUUCGCCGAGGGAGGCGGAGCAGUCUAGCUGCGGCCGGAGACGACGUGAGUGCCGGGGCUGAAAGUGCCCUUCAGGAAGACGAGGAGCCGCUGCCUGAAGGGGGAAGAGACAGCGUGGGCAGCCCGAGAGUGUCUGUGUCGGAGUCCUCCUUUACCGGUGACGAGCCUGCCACCAACCGCGAGGAGAUUUGAGAAAACCGCAGGACUGCGCAGGCAGCCCCGGAUUGCCCAGGACAAAGGGGUUGCCCCCGGCUCUCUUUCCGGCCGCCUUUCCGCAGAACUGGCUUAAUGCAGGUGCCCUGGAGAAGAUCGCCCACCUGCCUGUCUUGCCCCGCUCACUGAGUCUGCAGUAGCCUUCCUUGAAGAACUGCCUCUCCCAUUGCUGCCCGGAGUUAACAUUUCCUGCUGGCAGAAUCAGGGACAUGCCAGCACCCUCCCUUUGUAUUUUCUAGUUCUGCGUACCCUAUUCCCACCCACUGCCGAGGGGUUUGGACUCUGAGCUGAUGGGGUACCCACCUCUGCAGAGCGGGAUGAGUGGGCAUUCCAGUGGGGAUGUGGUCAUUGCCGGCCAGUGAGGACGAGAGCAGCACGGCCCACUUCUUCCUUGGAGCUGGAGAUGAGUGGUUGGGUACCCGCGGACUAGGCAUGAGGACAGAGGAGAGUGACAGUGAGCUGCUUGAGGAUGAGGAGGAUGAAGUGCCUCCUGAACCUCAAAUCAUUGUUGGCAUCUGUGCCAUGACCAAGAAAUCUAAGUCUAAGCCAAUGACCCAAAUCCUAGAGCGACUCUGCAGAUUUGACUAUCUGACCGUGAUCAUCCUGGGAGAAGAUGUGAUCCUCAAUGAACCCGUGGAGAACUGGCCAUCCUGCCACUGCCUCAUCUCUUUCCACUCCAAAGGCUUUCCUCUGGACAAGGCUGUUGCUUACUCCAAGCUUCGAAACCCCUUUCUUAUCAAUGAUCUGGCCAUGCAGUAUUACAUCCAAGACAGGAGGGAGGUGUACCGGAUCCUGCAGGAAGAGGGUAUUGAUCUGCCUCGGUAUGCUGUGCUCAACCGGGAUCCUGCCCGGCCCGAGGAGUGCAAUCUGAUAGAAGGUGAAGACCAGGUUGAGGUCAAUGGUGCUGUCUUCCCCAAGCCCUUUGUGGAGAAGCCAGUGAGCGCAGAGGAUCACAACGUUUACAUAUACUACCCCAGCUCAGCUGGAGGAGGGAGCCAGCGCCUCUUCCGGAAGAUUGGCAGCCGAAGCAGCGUUUACUCUCCUGAGAGCAGCGUCCGAAAGACAGGGUCAUACAUCUAUGAGGAGUUUAUGCCAACGGAUGGCACAGAUGUCAAGGUGUACACAGUGGGUCCAGAUUAUGCCCAUGCUGAAGCUAGGAAAUCUCCAGCUUUGGACGGGAAGGUGGAACGAGACAGUGAGGGGAAAGAGGUUCGAUACCCAGUCAUGCUGACUGCCAUGGAAAAGUUGGUGGCCAGGAAAGUCUGCGUAGCUUUCAAGCAAACAGUUUGUGGCUUUGACCUUCUUCGGGCCAAUGGUCACUCCUUUGUGUGUGAUGUCAAUGGCUUCAGUUUUGUCAAGAAUUCAAUGAAAUACUACGAUGACUGUGCCAAGAUUCUGGGGAACACCAUCAUGCGAGAGCUUGCUCCCCAGUUCCAGAUUCCAUGGUCCAUCCCCACAGAAGCAGAAGAUAUUCCCAUUGUCCCUACCACAUCUGGCACUAUGAUGGAACUUCGUUGUGUCAUUGCAAUUAUCCGUCAUGGGGAUCGCACCCCCAAGCAGAAGAUGAAGAUGGAGGUGACACACCCCAGGUUUUUCACUCUAUUUGAAAAACACGGUGGAUACAAGACUGGGAAAUUAAAACUCAAGCGACCUGAGCAGCUCCAGGAGGUUCUGGACAUCACACGGCUGUUGUUGGCUGAACUGGAGAAAGAGCCAAGUGGUGAGAUCGAAGAGAAGACUGGGAAGCUAGAGCAGCUGAAGUCUGUGUUGGAGAUGUAUGGCCACUUCUCAGGUAUCAACCGGAAGGUGCAGCUGACUUACUACCCUCAUGGAGUGAAAGCUUCUAAUGAGGGGCAAGGUCUGCAGAGGGCAGCUCUCGCCCCGUCCCUGCUGCUGGUACUGAAGUGGGGUGGAGAGCUGACGCCUGAUGGUCGAGUGCAGGCUGAGGAGCUGGGCCGGGCCUUUCGCUGCAUGUACCCUGGAGGGCAGGGUGACUAUGCUGGCUUUCCUGGUUGUGGGCUGCUUCGCCUUCAUAGCACUUUCCGCCAUGACCUCAAGAUCUAUGCCUCUGACGAGGGCCGUGUCCAGAUGACUGCUGCCGCCUUUGCCAAGGGCCUUCUGGCUCUAGAAGGGGAGCUGACACCCAUUUUGGUACAAAUGGUGAAGAGUGCCAACAUGAAUGGGCUCCUGGACAGCGACGGGGAAUCCUUGAGCAGCUGCCAGCACCGGGUGAAGGCCCGGCUCCAUCACAUUCUGCAACAGGAUGCACCCUUUGGUCCUGAGGAUUAUGACCAGUUGGCUCCCACAGGCAGCACUUCCCUGCUUAACUCCAUGACUAUCAUUCAGAACCCUGUGAAAGUCUGUGAUCAGGUAUUUGCCCUGAUUGAAAACCUCACUCACCAGAUCCGGGAGCGGAUGCAGGAUCCCAAGUCUAUAGACCUGCAACUCUACCACAGUGAGACCCUGGAGCUCAUGCUGCAACGCUGGAGCAAACUGGAGCGUGACUUUCGGCAGAAGAGCAGGCGCUAUGAUAUCAGUAAGAUCCCUGACAUCUACGACUGUGUCAAGUAUGAUGUGCAGCACAAUGGGAGCCUGGGCCUCCAGGGCACAGCGGAGCUGCUUCGUCUCUCAAAGGCACUGGCGGACGUGGUCAUUCCCCAGGAGUACGGGAUCAGUCGGGAGGAGAAACUGGAAAUUGCCGUGGGCUUCUGUCUUCCACUGUUGCGAAAGAUACUGCUUGACCUGCAGAGAACCCACGAGGAUGAGUCUGUCAACAAGCUGCACCCCCUGUACUCCCGAGGGGUGCUCUCCCCAGGCCGCCAUGUUCGAACACGGCUCUAUUUUACCAGUGAGAGCCACGUCCACUCUCUACUCAGCGUCUUUCGUUAUGGGGGGCUCCUCGAUGAAACCCAGGACACACAGUGGCAGCGAGCUUUGGCUUACCUGAGCGCCAUUUCAGAGCUCAACUACAUGACCCAGAUUGUCAUCAUGCUUUAUGAGGACAACACGCAGGACCCCUUUUCAGAGGAGCGGUUCCAUGUGGAGCUGCACUUCAGCCCUGGUGUGAAAGGUGUUGAGGAAGAAGGCAGUGCCCCCACUGGCUGUGGAUUCCGUCCAGCCUCUUCAGAGAAUGAAGAGAUGAAAACAGAUCAAGGCAGCAUGGAGAACCUGUGCCCAGGGAAGGGCUCAGAUGAGCCAGACCGGGCACUGCAGACUUCACCCCAGCCGCCUGAGGGCCCUGGGCUCCCAAGAAGAUCGCCCCUCAUUCGUAAUCGGAAAGCUGGCUCUAUGGAGGUCAUGAACAUGCAGUGCACGGGGAGCCUGGACCUGAUCCCCUUGAGGGGGCGGCGCCGCAGGAGGUCAGGAGACCUCCCCCGGCUUUCCCCAGCCAUCAGCCUGCAGCCCCGGGCUCUGUCCACCACUCACCUGGCAUCCUGCACACAGGUGCUUUCUGAAACUUCCUCCUCGAGGCCUGGUGGCUACCGGCUCUUUUCAUCUUCACGGCCACCAACGGAGAUGAAGCAGAGUGGCCUAGGCUCACAGUGCACAGGGCUGUUCAGCACCACAGUGCUGGGUGGCUCCUCCAGCGCCCCGAAUCUUCAGGACUACGCCCGCAGCCAUGGCAAAAAGCUGCCACCUGCCAGUCUGAAGCACCGAGAUGAGCUCUUGUUUGUCCCGGCCGUAAAACGAUUUUCUGUGUCGUUUGCAAAGCAUCCGACUAACGAGCUGCUGGAUGACCAGCACCCUGUGGUCCGGUUGCUGCGUGGUUUUUCCUCUGACUGCCCAGGGUGCCGGCCGGUCUCCUUGGAUGCCACACUGGCACAUCAUCUGCACCAGUGCUCCUACCACCUGCGCCUCUUCCGGAACUGGCUGCGCUCAGGCCAGGAUGACCCCGAGUGCCUCUACGGAUUUGAAGGGUGCUCCAUGGUACCUACCAUAUACCCCCUGGAAACACUGCAUAAUGCUCUUUCCUUGCAUCAAGUGAGUGAAUUCUUGAGUAGAGUCUGCCAGCGCCACACAGAGACCCAUGCACAGACAUCUGCAGCCCUCUUUGAAUCUGUGCACAGCAGCCAGGCCUCUGGGGGCCCAUUUUCCCCACCCCAAGUGCUUCAUUCACCCCCACUGCAGCUCCAGCAGCGCUCUGAGAAGCCUCCGUGGUAUAGCAGUGGCCCUUCCAGUACUGUGUCCAGUGCUGGUCCUUCCUCCCCUACUGCUGUGGAUGGCAAUUCCCAUUUUGGCUUCAGUGACCAACCCUUCCUUUGUGCACAUGUGACUGAAGAGAGUCAAGGACUUGAGCUGCUCCAGGGGUCCCCUGGAAUUAGAACACAAGAGCUCUCCUUAGGAGGGCAGCUUUUUGAACCAAACCAGUCCCUACAGGAGUCACCUGUGGAAACCAGCAAGCCAGGAGGCCAGGAGAUUGCUGAGGUCAGCCAGCCAUACCAGAAGAGCUAUGACGCUGUUAACCAUACAUGCCAGCCAUGCCAGAAGGCCAGCCAACUGUACCAGAAAGUCUCAGAGGAAAUUUGGCAGGUUUUGCAGGAGGACCCCGAGGAGGUCAGCCAGCCAAACCAGGGGGUUCCUGUGGUCCAUGGGUUCCCUGAGGGAGUUGGCGGCCUGGUCCAGGAAACCCUUGUGGAAGUUGGCAGCCCAAACCAAGAGACCCCUAAAGAGUCCAGCCAGCUGUGCCAGGAGUUCUCUGUAGAGGUUGGCAGGCUGGCCCAGGAGGCUUCUGCAGUCAGUCUGUCAUGUCAGGACAUCCCUGAGGUUGCUAAGCCGUCCCAAGAGCUCCCUGGGGAGAUGGAUCUGCAGGCCCAGGAAGUCACUGAGGAAGUUAAUGAGCAGGCUUGUGUGGUCCCUGAGGUGACCGAUCAGCUGCCUAGAGAGGAUGUUCCCCAGACCCAGGAUCUGCUGAGUGACCCAGACCCUCAAUGCCAGUCCCUACCCCAUGACCAGCACUCACCCCUUUCACCAGCAACAUGUAAUCAACCAUUUUCUCACUAAUGGUGUCUCGCUGCACCAGACAUUCGCGCCAGCAGCCUUUUCUGUUGGCUCUUACCAGCCAGAGAGAGGAGUGGCCCACCACAGAGGUAUCUGAGGAAGCAGGCCUCUUGGUGUGAAGUACACCCUUGUUCCAGAGCUGCACUUGGGGAAAGUUAGUUUCAUGUGCAGAACAGCCUUUGGCUUCUUGCUUAGCCAUUAGAAUGGAACAAGAUUUUUUGGGGGUAGCUGGUCAUUACUUAACCUACUCGCAGGAAAUUCCAGAUUAUUACAGGAAAUGGCAUUUACCUGCUAAAGAUGCCAGUGAGGGCCUGCAAAUGUGAAAAGGGACUCCAGAACCUUUAUGUGGGAAAACAUCGAACACUUCUCAAGGUACCCUUUAGAUCAUGUGUGCCAGGGUCAGCCAGGAUGGCCACCUGAAACAUCUGGAAGACCGUUCCCUUCCCAAGCAAAUGUCUGUCAUAGCCAUUACUCUUGGACUGUGCUUACGGGUGUUUCCACGUCAUCUCCGGGUGCCCCCUGUGUCCAGUUCUGCUCCUCUGAACAAUUGCUCUAGGGAAAAGUAGGUAUUAGUCUGCUGAGCAGCUGCAGAAUGACUCCUGACUAUGCUCUGAGGAGUCCUGGCCACGCCCUGACGCUGGGCCCCCUUUUGCUGUGGAGCUUUUUGGCCUAGGAGAUGCUAUUGUAGACAGAAUCAGGUUCUAUUUUAAGAGACUAGUAGAGAUCAAUAUUGUAAAGAUGAGAAAAUAUACAUAUAUAUAUAUAUAUAUAUAUAUGUAUGUAUAUAUAUAUUUCUCUAAUUUGCCAGGGAUAAGGCACAGAAUGGCCAAAGACCAAACACUCCAGGGUCCCCGCAGAGUUUGUUUUAUAUCAUGUGUCCUUAGAACCAGAUGUGAUUAUGAAGCUUUUCCCAAAGAUCUGGGGAUGGAGUGGGGGUGGGUAGAAGGGAUAAUGCAGUCAUUAGGGUUGGGGGCCGGAACAUUUUGAGUGCU